GUUGCCCUAUAACGUGGCUUGAGGGUCUACCAUCACAAUCCAAUUCCCUACGCUCCCGCUAUCCCUCACGUACUCCUCCAUCUCACACAAAGAAUCCCACCAUUCCCACAUAACAAACAGUUCUUUCCCAUUUCUCACAUUUUUUGUUCUCCAACAAUACAAUCACAUUUCCGACUGCCACCCUAACUGCAUGCGUAACUGCCCUAAUGGAGUCCGUCGCCUCCAACUCCUCCCCACAAAACCACCGCCUGGCCCAGCGGCCGCGAACACGUAUCAUACCCACGCAGCCCUUCGCCGACCGCAUUCUCCGAGCCCUGCACCACAACCUCCGACUCCUUCACCACCGCGAAUCCAACUUUUCUGUGUUAGGUGCCACGGGGAAUGUGUACACUGUCUCCUUAUCCGCCACCCCUUCAUGCACGUGCCCUGACCGUACAACCCCAUGCAAGCACAUCCUCUUCGUGUUCCUUCGAGUGUUGGGCCUCCCCCUCGAUGACGCGUGUCUGAGGAGGAAGACGCUGCGGUCGUGCCAGGUCAGCCGCCUCUUAGGGCUGCCUAUGCUGCCGGAAUCACUGGCGGCUGUCAGCCUUCGAGAGAGGUUUCAUCAGCUGUUUUUUCAGGAAUCUUCGUCGACAACAAGGCCACGCCAUGACCUGGAGAUUGAAGAGGGGAGGAGCUGCCCUAUUUGUUUGGAGGAGAUGGCGGGAAGGGAGGAGAGAGUGGUGGCUUGCGGGGCGUGCAGAAACCCUAUUCACGAAGAGUGUUUGAUGAAGUGGAAGCGGAGCAGCGGGAGAAGGUCGGCGAAUUGUGGGAUUUGUAGGGCAAGGUUGAAGGAUAUUAAUAGGAUUAUGGAACAGGAUAAGUACUUGAAUUUGGCUGCUUAUUAUGCCACUAAUCAUGAUCAAGAUGACAUUGACAAUGCUGAUGAGGGUCUAUAUGGUAAUCGUUGAUCGAUCCAAAUAAUCUUUCUAAUGUAAAUUAAACUAAAUUAUUAGAAGGGAUGAUUUAUAAUUGUAAAUAGAUUGAGGGAUUAUGUAGAUUUGAAAAGGAAAUGACAAAUUGCUCAGGGGAAACUUGAAAAUUAACAAAAAUCUCGAAGAGAUGGCCAAGGGUUUACUAUUAAUUACUCG